UCUUGACAGAAGGUGGACUGUGUAGAGCAACGAGGAGCAGGAAACACACCCAGGUUUCAGAAAUGUCCACCUCCAGCACUGUCCUGUCUGAAGAGCAGUUCCUGUGCUCUGUCUGUCUGGAUGUGUUCACUGAUCCAGUCUCUAUUCCAUGUGGACACAACUUCUGCAAGGUCUGUAUCAGGGAAUACUGGAACACCACUGCCCUGUGCCAGUGUCCACUGUGUAAGGACACAUUCAAUACAAGACCGGACCUAAAAACCAACACAACGCUCAGAGAAGUUGCAGAUCAUUUUAAGAGGAUGAAGGUCAGAGACAGAGAGGAGUCCUCUUCCAAGCCUGGAGAAGUAGCACAAGUGCAGCAGAUGAUCCAGGAGCGACUGCUGAAGGUUAAGGAGAUCAAACUCUCAGUAGAGCUCAGCCAGAGAGAUGCAGAGAGAGAGAUAGCAGGAAGUGUGGAGGUCUUCACUGCUCUGGUGCGCUCCAUUGAGAGAAGUCAGGGUGAGGUUAUUGAGGUGGUUGAGGAGAAGCAGAAAGCAGCUGAGAGGCAGGCUGAAGGGCUCAUUGAAGAACUGGAGCAGGAAAUCACUGAGCUGCUGAGGACAGGCACUGAGCUGGACCCCCUCCACCAGAACUCCCCAUCCCCAGUCAAGGGCUGGUCUGAGAUCAGUGUUCACAGGGAUCUGCAUGUAGGAACUGUGAGGAAAGCUCUUUCUCAGCUGGAGGAGAUGCUUCAUAAUGAGAUGGAGAAGUUGUGUAAUGCUGAGCUGAAGAUGAUACGGCAGUGGUCAGUGGAUGUGACUCUGGAUCCUGAUACAGCACAUCCCAAUCUCAUUGUGUCUGAGAACAGGAAACAAGUGAGCUAUGGAGACAAAGGGCAGAUUCUCCCUGACCUCCCAAAGCGGUUUGAUAUGCAUCUAUCGGUCUUGGGAAAGGAGGGCUUCUCCUCAGGGAGAUUCUACUUUGAGGUUCAGGUGAGAGGGAAGAUUGAGUGGCAGGUAGGCGUGGCCAGAGAGUCCAUCAUCAGGAAGGGCCCAAAAGUUAAAAGCCCAGAUGCUGGACUCUGGGCUCUGUAUAUGAAGGGUGAGAAUAAGUAUGAGAUCAAGGACACACCCCCUAUCCCCCUCUUCCUGAGUCAGAAACCCCAGAAGGUGGGGGUGUUUGUGGAUUACAAGGAGGGUCAGAUCUCCUUUUAUGAUGUAGAAAACAUGUCUCAUAUCUACUCUUUCUCUGGUUGUACCUUCACUGAGAAACUAUAUCCAUUUUUUAACCCCUGUGAUAAUUCUGAGGGUCCAAACUCAGCCCCAUUGGUCAUCUCUCCUGUCAAUCACACUGACUGAAUUGGGGUCCAAUAAGGCAGAAGUGCUGAUAAUAUUGGGCCGCUUCCAGGUGGUCUGCCAAGGAGUCGCAAAACAAAUUUCACAACACCUGGAUAGGUGUUUAACAUUACACCAGAAACCGCAUCAAUAUGAUGUUAUAAUCUCAAGCAUGACUGCAAUAUAUCUAAUGUGCCGUUCAAUGAUUGGUUCAUUUGUGGAGCAUCUUAAAUCAGAGGAUUAUGCUUGAAAUCUGAUCUACCGUUGAAUAUUGUUUUAGUUUGUCUUUUUUCAAAUUUAUUUUCCCCAUUUUUCAGUAUAGUGUGUUGAGAUGUUGUUUGGAUUAAUUUGGGAGUAUGUACUGAAUUAUCCAAAUCUAGUACAAUGCAUCCAAUUUCUUGUGAGUUGUCAUUGUAUGUGGUCAAUGUCAAAUAAACAUAAUAAAUACAGUGAAUAAAUGUUUUGUUCUUGUUUUUAUGAGUCUAAAUUGAUUAUAAGGACGAUGCAUCCCAGAGGGCAGUGGAACAGAAUGGUAGUUUGUGUCGGGGGGCUGGGGUCAGUUUGUUAUAUCUGGAGUACUUCUCCUGUCCUAUUCGGUGUCCUGUGUGAAUCUAAGUGUGCGUUCUCUAAUUCUCUCCUUCUUUCUUUCUCUCUCUCGGAGGACCUGAGCCCUAGGACCAUGCUCCAGGACUACCUGACAUGAUGACUCCUUGCUGUCCCCAGUCCACCUGGCCAUGCUGCUGUUCCAGUUUCAACUGACCUGAGCCCUAGGACCAUGCCCCAGGACUACCUGACAUGAUGACUCCUUGCUGUCCCCAGUCCACCUGGCCAUGCUGCUGCUCCAGUUUCAACUUCCACCUGACUGUGUUGCUGCUCCAGUUUCAACUGUUCUGCCUUAUUAUUAUUCGACCAUGCUGGUCAUUUAUGAACAUUUGAACAUCUUGGCCAUGUUCUGUUAUAAUCUCCACCCGGCACAGCCAGAAGAGGACUGGCCACCCCACAUAGCCUGGUUCCUCUCUAGGUUUCUUCCUAGGUUUUGGCCUUUCUAGGGAGUUUUUCCUAGCCACCGUGCUUCUACACCUGCAUUGCUUGCGGUUUGGGGUUUUAGGCUGGGUUUCUGUACAGCACUUUGAGAUAUCAGCUGAUGUACGAAGGGCUAUAUAAAUACAUUUGAUUUGGUUUCUAUACAACACUUUGAGAUAUCAGCUGAUGUACGAAGGGCUUUAUAAAUACAUUUGAUUUGGUAACUGCAUGGCGGUCUUCAUUUACCCUCAGAGAGAAGUGGAGCAAAUGUCCCACUGGCCCUUAUCUGAACAGGAGCUUAACGCCCCACUGAACAACCCUCCAGGCAGUACACUGUGGGCUGUGCCAAGAGAAACUGUCUGACCCCCUAAAUCUUACUGUACCCCUUUACUGUCCCAGUAGGAUGCAUUGCAUACAUACAGUACAUGCCAACGCCAACACACACCGUCCACACACCCACGCACCGUCAAAGCACGCACACACGCAUCGUCAACACACACACACACAAACACACAAUUCCUCUUCUUUCAGAGUCCAUAACAUCCGCAAUAACAGCGUUGCUGUUGUUCAAUGCCCUUCACUGAUUAUCCAAAGACAAAGGUGAUAUGUGAUCUGAGUGUAUUACAUGACAACCAGAGAGUACUGUGCCAGCUCUCUGCUACUGCCAGACUGACUGGCACCUGAAGAUGACAUCACUGCAGUAUGGAGCAGAUCAGCCUGGGUUCCAGAAUGAGUAGGGAUGUACCUGAAAGACUGUCUACUUGUAACCACAUACCACACGUUUCAAUGUAAACAGUUACAUGGACACAUGAUUUCCUGCCUGCUACGACACACACACUCUGCUGCAAAGUUUUGAGUGCCUCCACACACACACUCUGCUGCAAAGUUAUGAGUGCAUCCACACACACACUCUGCUGCAAAGUUAUGAGUGCAUCCACACACACACUCUGCUGCAAAGUUAUGAGUGCAUCCACACACAUAGAGACUCUGCUGCAAAGUUAUGAGUGCAUCCACACACAUAGAGACUCUGCUGCAAAGUUAUGAGUGCAUCCACACACACAGAGAGUCUGCUGCAAAGUUAUGAGUGCAUCCACACACAUAGAGACUCUGCUGCAAAGUUAUGAGUGCAUCCACACACAUAGAGACUCUGCUGCAAAGUUAUGAGUGCAUCCACACACACAGAGAGUCUGCUGCAAAGUUAUGAGUGCAUCCACACACACAGAGACUCUGCUGCAAAGUUAUGAGUGCAUCCACACACAUAGAGACUCUGCUGCAAAGUUAUGAGUGCAUCCACACACAUAGAGACUCUGCUGCAAAGUUAUGAGUGCAUCCACACACAUAGAGACUCUGCUGCAAAGUUAUGAGUGCAUCCACACACAUAGAGACUCUGCUGCAAAGUUAUGAGUGCAUCCACACACAUAGAGACUCUGCUGCAAAGUUAUGAGUGCAUCCACACACAUAGAGACUCUGCUGCAAAGUUAUGAGUGCAUCCACACACAUAGAGACUCUGCUGCAAAAUUUUACUAACAUGCACGCACACAGACUAACUGAACCCUGCAGCUCUAUGACCUAGGAGACAUCAACAUGUUCUGCACUCACACGCCCAGCGACACGCACGCCCAGCGACACGCACGCCCAGCGACACGCACGCCCAGCGACACGCACGCCCAGCAUUUCUAAAUCAUCACCUUCCACAGCAACAUUCUCAUUGAGAAUGUUAAAGACCAGCAUGGCCGUUUCACCCUUUACUCUCCUUCCCCUCGCCGUCUGUCUCCCGUGACGCUGCCGGAUCCUGGCUCGACACUCAGCUGCACUUAGAAGACCAGAUCAGUGGAUUCCUCUGUCCUUGCCAGGGACAGCCGCUGAGGCCGCACACAC